AUGCACUUCCCUGUCGCCGUUCAAGCGCGCCCCAUCGUGCGCGUGACCAACUUUAUUCAAGAGUUUUCCGUGCCGCUGAUUCUCGGUGUCGUGCUGGGCCUGAUUGUGGCCAACGUCGACCACCACUGGUACGAGGUGGUGGUGGAGUUCAAUCCCUUCGGCGGGCACACCGGGGUCUUUGGUCAUGAACUGACCCUCCAUUUCAUCAUCAAUGGGAUGUUCAUGUGCCUUUUCUUUGGCAUUGCGGCCAAGGAGAUCACGGAAUCGACGCUGCCCGGCGGAGUGCUCAACCCGGUACGGCGAGCAAUCAAUCCGCUGGCCGGAACUCUCGGAGGCGUUUUCGGCCCCGUUGGGCUGUACUUCUUGAUGGCGUGGUUCUUCUACGGGGACACGAGUGAUUUCAGCGCCGUCGCCAAAGGUUGGGCCAUCCCGACGGCCACCGACAUCGCGCUGGCGUGGCUUGUCGCGCGGGUGGUGUUCGGGCCGCUGCAUCCGGCCGUCAACUUUCUGCUGCUGCUGGCGGUGGCGGACGACGCCAUCGGACUGGUCAUCAUCGCCGUUUUCUAUCCGGACGCGCUCCAUCCGGUGCAGCCCAUCUGGCUACUCCUCGUUGUCGCCGGCAUGGCGGCAGCCUACGGCUUGCGCCGUUUCCACGUCCGGUGGUGGCCCGUGUACAUCCUGGUGGGCGGGACGCUUUCGUGGAUUGGCUUGGCGAAGGGUGGGGUGGAGCCGGCCCUGGCUCUGGCCCCGAUCGUGCCGUUCAUGCCACAUGGCAACCACGGCGGCGGCGAACCCACCGACGAGGCGCACACGCAUGCUUCGGACGCCGCGCCGCACCCUCACACAACCGACCACGGGGCACACAGCGUGCUGGAGCAGUUUGAGCACCAGCUGAAGCUGUUCGUGGACUUCGGGUUGUUCUUCUUUGCGUUUGCCAACGCCGGCGUGGCCUUCACCAGCAUCGGGUGGGUCACAAUGAUGGUCCUGGUGUCAUUGAUCGUGGGCAAGGCCAUCGGGGUGACGCUGUUUUCCUGGGUGGCGUCGCUGGUUGGUUUCCCGUUGCCGCCGGGCAUGGGUGUCCGGCACCUGGUGGUAACGGGCGUCAUUGCGGGCCUCGGCCUGACAGUGGCGCUGUUCGUCGCCGGCAAGGCGUUCCCGGGGGAUUCACCCUUCCAGGAGCCUGGGAAGAUGGGUGCGGUGCUCAGCAUCGGCGCGGCGUUGGUGGCGUUGGUGCUGGGUAAGCUGCUGCACGUGCGCCAGGAAGGCCUGAGGCCCAGGUUGAUAUUGCCCUGGAUCCGCCUUUAA